GUCGGCCUGGCCACCGGUGAUGACCCUGCAGUGGCUGCGGUGGCCGACCCCGGCGGCGGCCGUCGCGUCGGCGACUACUUCCGGCACGUCCGGUCCGUGUCCGCCGGGUACGACGUCAACGCCACAGCCACCGCGUUUAUCAACACCAGCGUCGAGCCGUUCCUCAAUUCGUCCCGUAACCAAACGCUCGAUGGCAACGUCGAGGAUUUUACCAACUCGCUAAUCGUCGUCACCACCGGAAUCAUUUUGGGAGCAAUGAUUCUGACCACCAUUUGCGGUAACGCGCUGGUCAUAGCGGCCAUCCUGUUGGAGAGGAAUUUGCAAAACGUCGCCAACUAUCUCAUUGUCUCGCUGGCGGUGGCCGAUUUAAUGGUGGCCUGUUUGGUCAUGCCACUCGGAGCCGUUUACGAGCUUAGCAGAGGAUGGAUUUUAGGCCCCGAACUAUGUGACAUGUGGACUUCGAGUGACGUGUUGUGUUGUACAGCCUCGAUACUCCACCUCGUCGCAAUAGCAGUAGAUAGAUACUGGGCAGUGACUAACGUCGAUUACAUUCACACGAGAAACGGCAGGAGGAUCGUGGGCAUGAUAGUGGUCGUCUGGUCCGUGGCGCUUGUCGUGUCGUUAGCCCCACAGUUCGGCUGGAAAGACCCGGACUACUUGGACCGCAUCAACAUCCAGCAACAGUGCAUGGUCAGCCAGGACAUUGGCUAUCAGAUAUUUGCCACGUGCUCCACGUUCUACGUUCCUCUCCUGGUCAUAUUGUUCCUGUACUGGAAGAUAUUCAAAAUCGCCAGGAGACGGAUACGGCGGCGCAGAGCCCAACGGAACGCCAUGCUCGAACAUUCUAGGUCAAAAAAACCGGCAGACGAAGCUGUGUCCGAACCGAAGAAGUACGGCUUCUUCCGGAAAGCCGUGUUCCUGAGGAUAAAGAAAAAGAAAGAAGUGGAAGAGACGGCCGUGUGUUCUAGCAUCGGAUUGAUCGACGGACACUCGAGUUGUUCCAUGCCGGAAUCGUCGCAAGACGGCCAGACCAAAUGCGGCGGCGGCGUCGAAGACAAGACGACGGCGUUCACCAUCACAUCGAACCACGACAUGGCUGUGCCGGUGGAAGACGACGGGCCCACCGUGACGGACACCAACCCGUCGAGGCACACGGUAAUCGAGAUGAACGUGAACCGCAUGUGCGUGGCGGGCCCUCGGGUGAAGCCCAAGCGAGAGAAGAAAGAGUCGCUGGAGGCCAAGCGCGAGCGUAAAGCGGCCAAGACGCUGGCCAUUAUCACGGGGGCGUUUGUCGUAUGCUGGCUACCAUUUUUCAUCAUGGCGUUGGUGAUGCCCCUGUGUCAAGAAUGUAAGAUCAACAAAUACGUGUCCAGCUUUUUCCUGUGGCUCGGCUACUUCAACUCCACGCUGAACCCGAUCAUCUACACAGUGUUCAGCCCCGAGUUCCGGUUGGCGUUCACCAAAAUGAUAUGCGGAACCACUUACAGAAGAUAAUGAUAAUAAUAAUAGUAAUCAAAAGGCUGCUGUUGUUGUUAUUAUUAUUUUUUGUUAUUACCGAUAUUAUUAUUAUUAUUGACAUUAUUACAUUAUGCCCGUCGUACCGCUUAUAUACCUAUUACGAAUAUAAUGUAAUAGCAUAAACGCAGUGGAAUUGUGUUUGUUUAUUUGUGUGUUUGAGAGCGAAUGCGUUUUAACGUGCGCACGAAUUUACACUGCGUGUGUUUGCAUUAGUCGUUUUUGUUUGUUUGUUGGAUAGUUAGUUACGCUUGCACUGUGUACUCACGUUAUGCCCAUCUGAUUCCGAUGAGAAUGGGCAAAUACCGCGCGGUCAAUGUUUAUAGGCGAUACCGGAUUUUUCCGUUGACCAACGCUUUGGUACAUAUUAUUAUAGUUGGCAUAGCGUUUACGCUUUGUACGGCGGGCACGUCAAUUAAUAAACCAAAAAGGGCUACCGACCACUCAAAAUCCAAAAUAUCUUUUAACGAAAUAGUAAAGGCUUAAACAUUUUUUUUUAAUGUUAUAACGAACAGCUAUAACCUCCAAUAAACUCUGUUUAACGAAAAAAAGUAAAAUUUUCCCACGGGAAUAAUUAUUUACUGCCUGAUUAAUAUCUCAUUUGCGUUAUCUGAAAAUUCUUAUUAUUUGAUUAAAAACAAAAAUUAUGACAUAAUACUUCUGGUGUCGGCAUUUCUUAUUCCGUCUUUUUGAAUUGAAAAAAAAAUAAGACGUUGACGCAACACAAUUUAGUACACUCCCGCGGUCUUGCAGAGGGUUAGUUAUGUUGAAAGGAUGGAAAGACGUACAUUGGCCGAAAGCCAAUUCGAAAUGCUUAUAUAUACGACUUGUUUUUAGUGCUAUAAUAACAAUAAUAAUAAUAAUAUUACAUAUAAUUAUUGUACAGUUUUUUUGUUAAACGGGGGAAAGGGAUUGAGCUUGACCGGCUUCGUUACGGUACAUAUUGUAUUGUCAUUAUUGUAUUAUCAUUAUUAUUGUUGUUAAGUAGUAAGUAUUAGUUAAGCGGAUUUUAUUGUUAUCUAAAUAAAAAAAAAAAAUUCUUAGUAUUGUCCCGUUAUAUGUAAGUUAUUAUUGCAAAAGUCUGUUGGCGCUGAUAGCGUCCAAACGACAAUGAUAAUAAAUAUUGUGUACAUAAUGAUUUUUUCAAAGCCAUUUCGCUAUUGAUAGCUUGCCUUUAUUAUUAUUAUUAUUUAUUAAAAUUACAUAUUAUUAUACCUACCUACAUCCUAACGGACUAAUUAACGUUUAAGACUAAUACUAAUAUAUUAUAAUAUUAUUAUGCUAACGGCAUAUUUAUGUUAUACGGUGUUCGACAGUACGAUUCUGCUUUGAAUAUUGCUCAGAACAUUGUUUAAAUUUAUUACUAUUACUAUUAUUAUUAUUAUUAUUAUUGUUGUAUACUUAAAUAAUUGUUAUACACUUGAGUGUAACGCGUUUAAGUUGUGUCGAUAUAGUUGUACUCGACAAGUAAUUGUAAAACUAAUUAAAUUUGUAUUAUUACCUGAACGUUUAAUAGUCUACAAUAACAAAUGUCUUAAAGUAUAAUAUAUCCAAACAUUUUUUGGCAACAGCGGUUCACCACAUACAUUUCGAUUGGAAGCAAUUCAAAACGUGACUACUUACUAUUGAUUUAACUACUAUUGACUACUUACAAUAAUUGUUAUCCUCCAUUUUUCAUUAUUAAGUUUACCAUUGUAUUAUUAUUGUUAUUAAACAUAGUGUAAUGGAUAAUAUUAUUCUAUGUAAUUAUAAAUCAAAUUAAAAAAACCU